AUGAGCUCGCCAUCAUCGCCUUCGUUGUCGUCUCUACAGACAGGACCACGUCCGCAAGGGUUCGUCACGGCCAGGUCCAUCCUCGCCGACCUCGAAUCGCAGCACAGUCGCAGUCCAGACGUGAUUGCCCCUCCGGAGAAACCCAAGAGAGGACGGCCCAAGAAGGCCGUCAAUGCAGACGAUGCUCCUGCUCCUGCCAAACCACGGACCCGUAAGAAGACGACAGCCACCAAUGACGAUCCUGAUCUCGAAGACGCAGACAAAGCUCCUGCAAACCCCAAGGCGCGUAAGAGACAGGCUGCAACCACAGAUGAGCAGGAAGCAGCGAUUGACGCAGUCCCUGCAUCCAAGAGAGGUCGCCCGAAGAAGGCAGUUGCUAUUGAGCAUGCUGCGACUGCCACAACAGACACGGUCGAAGUCACGAAGCCUGUGGUAAAGCGAGGAAGGAAGAAGGCCCCUGGGUCUGCAGAUAUUCUCGACAAUGAUGGUGCUGCUGAAAAGCCAAAGCCGCUACCUAAGCCUCGCAAGACGAAGGCCACGACCAAAUCCAAGUCAGUUGCCAAUGAUCUGACAGUCGCCUCAGAGGUGCCUGUUGUCGAUGCCGCGAAAGCAGUAGACUCUGGUCCUCAGCCUGUCGUCCAUGUCGAAACCCCGGUAGAGGUGCUUGGUCUUGAUCUUGAUCCAGCUCCAAGACGCAGACGAGGCUGGACUCCGCCGACAGAGUCGACCCUCCCUCCAUCCUUCCAGCAGAGUAGCGAUACCUCACCCAACCCUGGACUGGCUGCCAUUCAUGACCCUGUGGACGACAACGAUGUUGGUGAUGCACCCGCAGCAUUGGAUUUCACCAAGCUGAUAGGCGACUUUGGCUAUCAAGAGAACAACCCUAGACCUUCUCCAUCUAUAUCCCGAACUCCGAGCGACGGUCCUACCACCAAGCGAAAACGCUUGAAUCCUGUCGAUGUGGCUGCGCCUGAAGAGCCGAAGAAGCGAAAUAGGAAGGCUGCAGAGCCGAAAGAACCAAAGGAACCAAAGCCGAAAGCGCCUAAGAAGCCGAAAGCGCCCAAGAAGAAACCGCUCACUAUUACUGCUCUUGCUACCGCAGCUUAUCUCCCACAACCUGCCAUCAACGAGGUUGAUCAGACCAAAUUGAUCUCGGACUUCUUUCCACAGCCACAGUCCGAUACCGCCGCUCCUCCUACUAACCAGGUCGAUGUUAUCAAGCCGACAGGAUCCACGAAGGGUCGCGCUCUUGAGGACAAGCCCGCACCGAAACGCAAAAGAGCCACANAAAAAGUACAAAUUACAGUGCCCGAGGUUCACAUCAAGUUGGACUCUCCAGAAGCUGCUCGUGAGAACGCCAGAAGACAACAGUGGUUGUUCGGAAGCUCAAGCCAAUUAGCUGCAGCAGAAUCUCCUACCGAGCUUCGCGAUCUGCAGCAGGCAUUGAAGGAAUCUGAGAACAUGAUCUCUUCGCAGCACAUGGACGUCUCACGUGCCACGAGUUAUGCUCAUGUACCAUCUGCCCCGCAUGGAACCUGUCUAUCUGUCGGACAAGCUGACAGAGUCUUAUGGAUGUCUGCCGCCAGAGACUUUGAGGAGUCGACCUUCGCAUCUGAUGAAAGUCGCGAUCAUGAUGACCAGAUUGUAGCCAGCGAUGAUUUGCCACGACCACGACAUCCUCCUAGCAGUACGAAAUCUGCUCCUGGCUCUCAUGUCCCGGAACCACACAUUGAGGUGUUGACAAUAUCGUCGUCGGCUCCUAAAGAGCUCGAGUCGCCAGAUUCCGGAUAUGUGGAUGUUGACCAAGUAUGUGGCGAAUUACCCUCAAUCACCGGUGUGCUCCGGAGAUCUGCCCCGUCGGAUGUACCACCUGCCAGCCUGAAGACCGGAGGGACGACAAGUGUGGCGUGUGAGCCUCAUGAAAUCAUUUCUCUGGGCACCACUCCUGAAACGCAGGUCGUGCAUCGUCGCGCUCUUGGGACUCGCGACCCAAACACCAAUAUCACGAGGCAGACUCUUGACUCUGAGAGCAAGAAGCUGACCAUCUCCCCGAGGAGAGCCAACACCAAAUCACAGGUGGUCUGUGUGGAUUCUCCGGAAAGACCAGCGUCGCAAAAGGCGACAGGCAAUGCAGCACAAAUGUCACCGGUCAUCAUCAGACGGAUAGUGAAAGGCUCGCACACUCUUUCGGCACGAGAAGAUGCUAGACAAAAGUACCUUGUUUCUCCUAAUGCUUCUGCACGAGAACGUGGCAAGCAAAAGUUCCUUGCUUCUAGCUCAACUAGAAUCUCUGUCCAACCAUCACAGGAAAGGUUGCACGACAUAUCACCCAGUAUCAAUCUGAUCUCGCCCUCUAAGCCAAGAGGCAGGCCUCCGAAGUUCGGACCUGCUCCCAAUCCUGCGUCACCAACGCGACCAAGAGGUCGACCCCGGAAGUCCAUCAGCCCUGAUAGUCUACCUUUAUGGUCCCAACUUCGCAAACUGCCUUCUCUUCCUGCCGCUUCGCAGCGAGCCGCAAUCGCAGAGCCAUCAUCCGAUUAUCUCGACAUCGACGCCAUUUCGGAUAUAGAAAUCCCAUCUCACGCUCCCUCGCCGCCACGACGUCUACCCGCAUCACCACCCAAGGCAACAUUAGACUUUGACAGACCGCCUCCACCACCGCUGCCAGCCAUUGCAGCAUCGACCGCUCGAAGUGCUGCCAAACAAAUUCUAGCGGAAUGGUCCAACAUUUCCACGGUAUUGUUCCCCGCGAUCACGAAAACCGUGCGUUCCACGCCACCUAGCCAAGAUCACAAUGCACCUACCUGGCAUGAAAAGAUGCUCCUCUAUGACCCUAUCGUACUCGAAGACUUGACUCUGUGGCUCAACAGCCAGGGUGUCCGAAUUGAAGUCUUGGUGCCAAGAAUAGUCAAAGGGAAGGGAAAAAAGAAAGCCGAUGAUAUUGAGACUUCAAUCGAGGAUUGUGCAGUGUCGAAGAAGACCAACACCUACACCCCAACGCCAUCCAAAAUGAAAGCCUUCUUCAAAAGCAGACAACACAGCAAAGCAAACUCUUACACAUCAACCAAUCUCACAAACUCACCAACCCAUGAAGAAAACACACCCACAACACCCACAGAAUGGUGGUUAGCACGUGAAAAUGCCUUUGACACCGCUCACCGCGUACACAAGAAACUGUACAGAGAUUCUGAAGAGUCUUUCUACUCACGCGAGCAGGACUAUGAUGAGGGUAAGGAGGACUUGAGACCAUUGCCGCCGCUGAGUCCAUCUUCGCCGGAGUGGAACGCUAGUUACUGGUUUUGGAGUGUUGAGAGGGCAGAGAUGUGGGUUGAGCAUGUUGCCGACAGCGGUUGGUGUACGCUCGACUUGAAGGAUGGUGAUAGAAGGGCUUCUGUCGAUACAACAAUCAUGGCUGUUGAUGAUGCAAAGCCCCAGUUCGAGUAUGCUGGAGAGCUCAUCAACACAGCCGAGAAGUCAGAAGAGGCACAAGGGAAGCUCAAGAAGGGCUUGAAGAUACAGAUUGAGGUCAAGGCUACUGCUGCAGAGCUGCCACGCAGACCCAAGUUGACGAUACAGAUUCCGAGCGGCAUACCUAACUACUAUUCCAAACAUGGGCCGAACGACUACUCUAGCUGCAGACCCCAUAUCACGAGCGAAGAACGUGCCGAGUGGAGGAAGAACAUGUUCUAG